AUGGAGCAAGAGCCCGCUGCGGCGGAAGCUGCAAUUCCUCGUCUCAUGCGGCUCCAGGACCCCAGUUGCUCCUCCGACUUCGCCGCCCCAUCAUUGUCUCCGGCAGGCUUCAAGCUUGAUGAGGGUUAUGCUGACGAGACAAAAAGUCAGUCGGACAAUGAUUGCUUGAAACCGUCAUCAGGCGAUGCCAUGUCCCUUCCGGAUUGGCUCCUUGCGCUCCGAGAAGCGGACAAAGCUGAAUUUGCUUAUAACUUGCUCCGGACCCUACGGACCUCUACCAUUGCCACUGUCGUCGAUCGACUCGCCCCUCUGUUGCACAUGGACCCUGUCCUCAAGCUGCCGCCCGAAAUCACAUCCGAGAUCUUCUCCUAUCUUGACCCCAAGACUCUUUUGACGGCCUCGUUAGCGUCCCGUGCUUGGCGGAGCCGCAUCUGUGACACUCGACUAUGGAGAGACCUAUACAUCAGCGAAGGCUGGCGCGUCGACAUCGACGCAAUCCGCACAUUCGAACAGGAGCACUCUGCGCUGUCGUCGCCGCAGAGUCGCAAGUCCCGGACGAGACGUGCGGAUCCGGAUGCUGGAGAGCCGAAGAACAAGAAAAGAGUCCCUCAGGGUUGGCUGGACUUGCGUGCUACAGAAACAGUAUCGGAUGACGCGCCAGCACGGGACCUCGGAGCGCCCGUGGAAGCGGAUAAUGAGGGAGACCACCAGAUGAGUGAUGUUGUGACCGACCGUGCUGUGUCGACGGCCUCCAGAUCUUCGCCGCUGUCUCCCAGUAACAGACGUGAUUCCCAAGCUGUCGCUUUACCCAGAUCGAUUGGUCAGCCGCUGUCCGCUUCCCCAAAGUCGCAGAUCAUGAUUCGAAUGCCUAAUGGCGCCAUGCGAAUUAACUGGCCACACCUCUACAAACAACGAAGACGCUUGGAAGAGAACUGGGCGAAAGGCCGAUUCACUAACUUCCAACUACCGCAUCCGGCCCACCCAGAAGAGGCUCAUCUGGAGUGUGUGUACGCAAUUCAGUUUACAGGGAGGUGGCUCGUCAGCGGUAGCCGAGAUAGGACUGUUCGCGUGUGGGAUUUGGAGACCAAGAGACUUUGGUAUCGUCCCCUUGUCGGUCACACAAAGUCGGUGCUAUGCCUACAGUUCGACCCGCGGCCGUCGGAAGAUGUCAUAAUCUCGGGGAGUAGCGACAAAAAUGUCGUAAUUUGGCGAUUCUCCACCGGUGAGAAAAUACACGAAAUCAGGUCGGCUCACGAUGACUCCGUCUUGAACCUCAGGUUCGACGAGCGUUAUCUUGUUACGUGCUCUAAAGAUAAACUCAUCAAGAUCUGGAAUCGACGAGAACUUACACCACUAGACAAAGAUUAUCCCAGCGUUUGUCAAGGACUCGGAGUUACAUAUCCGUCCUAUAUUAUUGACACGAGCGAGAUUCCAUCACCUAUUUUGGAAGCAGAGCUUGCCAAAAACCACAUCAGAAGCUUGAAGCCUUACUCUCUUUUGAUGACUCUGGAUGGACACGGGGCGGCCGUUAACGCGAUACAGAUGAACGAGGAUGAAAUAGUUUCUGCGUCGGGAGACCGACUCAUCAAGAUUUGGGACAUCCACAGUGGUGCAUGCAAGAAGACUCUCCCGGGGCAUGAAAAAGGCAUUGCGUGCGUGCAAUUCGACAACCGACGUAUUAUCAGUGGAAGCAACGACGAUACAGUCCGAAUUUUCGAUCAUGCCUCUGGCGCAGAGGUCGCUUGUUUACACGGACAUGCCAAUCUGGUAAGAACCGUCCAGGCUGGCUUCGGUGAUCCACCGGGCGCCGAGGAAGCCAUGAGACUUGAAGCUCUAGCAAUCGAGAAUGAGUUUUGGGACGCUCAACGCUCCGGCGAAGGGGUGGACUUAGGCCCAAGUGCCCUCAGACGCGCCGGCUAUCAUCAAAACACUGCGGGCUCGCGGAACCCUCGGGACAUCAAGGCCCUUGGUGCCAAAAUACCUCCAGGCGGCGGUGGCAGUCAAUGGGGUCGGAUUGUCUCGGGGUCAUACGACGAAUCCAUCAUCAUCUGGAAAAAGGACAAAGAGGGCCGAUGGAUCAUAAGCCAGCGAUUACGGCAGGCCGACGCUGUCGUCAACGCUUCACAGGCGCACCCGUCCUCUUCAAGGACAACGGUUCUGCCCCCGCGAAUCCCGCAGAAUCAGGGUCCGCCUUUGCCCCAGGGGCAAGCUGCCGUGCCUCCCCCUGGACAAGCACCUUUCACGCAGCAUCUUCCCCCCAUCAACCAAAUUCAUCAGCAGACUCCUAUCAAUCCCCCUGCGCCUGGUCAACAAGAAGCUGCCUGGAACCCAGGCAACUCCAACCCUCAACUGGGGCACGCUGCGAAUCCGGCCUUGAUGCUCCAGGCCCAACACCACAUGCAGAACGCGCAGCCCAUGCCGAACCCUGUACCGCCCCACCACCACCACCACCAUGUCCGCCUGAACCGAGCUCUGAACCCGCAAGGCGGCCACCCUACAUCGAGAAUCUUCAAACUCCAAUUCGAUGCUCGCAAGAUCAUCUGCGCCAGCCAGGAUCCCAGGAUCGUGGGAUGGGACUUUGUGGGCGAUGACGAAGAACUCAAUGAAGCGUGCCAAUUCUUUACCGGUCUGUAA